GAACAUCUGGAGUUGGAAGAUGAUACAGAGCGGUAGGUCUCUGUCACCAUUUUAGAUACAUUGAAAGCGGGAUUCAGUUACUGCAGUUAGCAGUUAUAUAGCUCCUGCGGUCUUCUGUCUAUGGAAUGGAUUAAACCUUCUUUCCUGUAGACCUGAAGCUGCUUUCCAGUGAAGUUUUUGCAUAAGUUUAUCCUUAUGCUGGCAGUACUUCAACAUAUCAACAGAGAUUAAGACAUUGUGUUGUUAUUUUUGGAGAAUCUCGCAAAGUUCACGGGAGCUAUUUAGAAGAUAACAUUUUGUCUUCUGAAACAAGAAAGAAUUCUUGAGGGGAAAAAAUCUGGUGGGUAGGCUCCCGUCAUCCAAUCACCUGUGGCUGCCUUUCCUCCACCCCCUUAGAGCUUGCAGUUUCACACCACCGACUGCUUCGACUUUUAAGGCAGAUAUUGAAGCAAAAUCUUCCUUCACCAUUUGUUGCUAGACCAAAGAAAUCCAGAAGUCUGUAAACUGAAUAUUUCUGUUGGAAUUCCUAAUCCAAAAUGAUAACUUGUGGACCAGCUUUGUCAUUUGUUCGGCGCCUUUUCCGGAGGAAGAUUGUAACUUUGGACAGCCUUGAAGAUUCCAAAUUAUGUCGCUGUUUGUCAACUAUGGACCUCAUUGCCCUCGGCGUGGGAAGUACCCUGGGAGCUGGUGUUUAUGUCCUCGCGGGAGAAGUUGCAAAAGCAGAUUCUGGACCUAGUAUAGUUCUUUCUUUCCUCAUUGCGGCCUUAGCUUCUGUGAUGGCAGGCCUCUGUUACGCCGAAUUUGGUGCUCGAGUUCCAAAGACUGGCUCUGCGUAUCUGUAUACAUAUGUAACUGUUGGUGAACUCUGGGCUUUUAUCACUGGUUGGAAUCUCAUUUUGUCCUACGUUAUAGGUACAUCAAGUGUAGCGAGAGCUUGGAGUGGCACCUUUGAUGAACUCCUUGGAAAACAAAUUGGUUAUUUUUUCAAAACCUAUUUCAGAAUGAAUUAUUCUGGUCUAGCAGAGUAUCCAGAUUUUUUUGCAGUCUGCCUUAUAUUGCUUCUAGCAGGUUUAUUAUCAUUUGGAGUAAAAGAAUCCGCAUGGGUGAAUAAAAUCUUCACUGCUGUUAACAUCUUGGUCCUUCUCUUUGUUAUGAUUUCUGGCUUUGUGAAAGGUGACAUAAAUAACUGGAAGAAAACGGAAGAAUUUCUUAUAAACUACACCGUGGAAGUCAAAAACCUAUCAUUUUCUGAGAAUGUAACAAGUGCAUUUGGAGUUGGUGGCUUUAUGCCUUAUGGCUUUACUGGAACACUUGCUGGUGCUGCAACCUGUUUUUAUGCUUUCAUUGGAUUUGAUUGCAUUGCAACGACAGGGGAAGAAGUGAAGAAUCCCCAGAAAGCCAUACCUAUUGGAAUUGUAACUUCCCUACUUGUCUGUUUUAUGGCCUAUUUUGGGGUUUCAGCUGCUUUAACUCUUAUGAUGCCAUACUAUCUAAUAGAUGGGAAAAGCCCUCUCCCCGUAGCAUUUGAAUAUGUUGGAUGGGGCCCAGCAAAAUACCUUGUAGCAGUGGGAUCUUUAUGUGCUCUAUCAACAAGUCUCCUUGGAUCCAUUUUCCCAAUGCCGCGGGUAAUCUAUGCUAUGGCGGAAGAUGGGUUGCUUUUCAAAUGGCUAGCUCAAAUCAACUCCAAAACGAAGACUCCACUUGUUGCUACUUUAUCAUCGGGGGUUGUAGCAGCUCUAAUGGCUUUUCUCUUUGAUCUAAAAGCCUUAGUAGACAUGAUGUCUAUCGGAACACUUCUUGCAUACUCACUGGUAGCUGCUUGUGUUCUUAUUCUUAGGUACCAACCCAGUUUAAAUUAUGAGCAACCCAAAUAUUCAGCCGAAAAAGAAGCUCUCACAGAACCUGAUAGAGAAUGUGCAAGUGAAUCUCAAAUUAGCAUGAUACCAGGGCACGGUCUUAGCUUACAAACACUGAUAAAUCCAUCAAGUUUGCCAACUGAGCAGUCUGCUACAAUGGUUAACCUGCUUGUAGGUCUGUUGGCUCUUCUAGUGUGUGGCUUAAGCAUUCUGACUACUUAUGGCAUACAUUUUAUUGCGAAUCUAGAGCUCUGGAGUAUUUGUCUCCUUGCAGCUCUUUCAGUUCUGUUUGUUGUCAUCAUCCUUAUCAUCUGGAGACAACCGCAGAGUCAGCAGAAGGUGGCAUUCAUGGUUCCACUCUUGCCACUCUUGCCCUCUUUGAGCAUCUUAGUGAACAUUUACUUAAUGAUGCAGCUAAGUGGGGAAACUUGGAUCCGUUUUAGCAUCUGGAUGGCCCUUGGUUUUCUGAUUUACUUCUCCUAUGGAGUUCGGCAUAGUGUGGAAAGCUGUCCUCGAGAGGAAGAAGAAGAAGAAGAUAGCUGCUCAGAAAAAAGUGAAAUGCUAGAAAAGGACCAUAGAAGAGAGGCAAAUGAGAAUGAAAAUGCAAGUGAAAGUGCUCAGUUUAUUACGGAUGAAAGGACAAGUGAAUGCUAAUACAUGUUGCAUAUGCCUGUCAAGCAAUGAAUUGUCACACGAUAUAGUUGCUGUCGGUGGGAUGGAGUGGAACGGCCAAAAACUUGUCAGCAGUAAUCUGCUUUUGCUUUAUGAAAACGUCUGCUAGAAAACAAAAGAUCAUCUAGACUGGCUGCUAGAUAUCUCAUCCAACUGAGAUCUUCCAUAUUUGCGUUUCAGAAGUAAAACUACCAAGAAAAUAGAAGGGAAGAAGCUUUCCAGUGGGCACAUCUUACUUGCCUGUCAUUGUUUAAAAUCUUCAGGAUUUCCUUAUUUACAUCCUACAACAUCAAGUCAAAGAACACAUUGUAAUUAAUUUCUUCAAAGUAUCUAAACCUGGAAAUUAAAUAUUUUGUCGCUAAGGGUGUGCGUUCCUGCAUUUGUUCUUUUAAUGCGGUAGUAGUCUUAGAUAGCCACACAUAAGCAGACGUUCUUCUGCUUCUCUACAUUUACGGAGAUGUUAAUUCUUACAAAUUUUCAAAAACAGAGCUGAUUGGGUGGGAAGGAAGGGCUGGGGAAUAUAAAACGGAGACAUUUUGGCAUGUACUAGCAAUGCUGUAUAGUAUGUCUUUAUGAAACAAUGGUAUGCAUUAAGUAUUGCUACAUUUUUACCUGCAGGUAACGUCAAGCAUGAAUUAUCCUCCUGAAAAUUCUUAUGUUCAAAACAGUGUUUGUAAAUAUUAACAAAUUGAUAUAUUUCUAUAUUUUAAAUUAUGUUUUUAUUCAGUGCUUUUCCAAGUGAAAAUAAAUAUAGAUCAUGGCUGCAGAAUUACAGGAAAAUUUAAGUAAGGCAAAUGGCAUGUAUCUGUGGAAUUGGGGUUUUCUUAUGUGCAGAUGUACCUGUUGAAUUGUUUGGUGAAGUUCCUACAUUAUUAGUGUGAGUCGUCAGUACCAGCUAGAGGUCUUUAACAACCAAACAGCAUCCUCAGGUGACAGCAAACACAAUUGUUAGAUCUCUGGCUAUCCAAAUAAAUUCAUAGGUCUAUGGAAUAUUAAAUUACCAGCCUAGAAUGGAUUUAUUAUAAUAUUAUAGAUACAAUGGUUUAGCAUUCUGUUUGAAACAGAAUCUUAACUAUGGUUGAGUGAAAAAGAAAGCCAACUUCAAACCAUGACUUAGGAAGCUGGCUUGUUUGAGCAAGUUGUUUUGGGUUCAAGUGUAACACUAAAUUACACUUUUUUUUCCAAAAAUAGAAGUAAAAGUUUUCAAUUUUUUCUGAAAGGGUGCAAACUCAAGAUUUUCCACAGCUUGUAUUCCUCCCGGUAAAGCCCAUCAUGGUCUAUAUCCUUUUCCUUGCAGGAACUACCAAAUAUUUCUAUCCAUUUCAUCAUAACUGCACUAUUAUUAAUUAUUUUUCUACCUAAUUUUUAAGAUGUAUGUUUUUUAUGCUGAAGAUGGGAGGAAAACCAAAAAAAAUGACUCAUUUUGAAGUAAAGUUGUACAUAUGUAUUUUGUGAUAUAUGUUGGCACCUUACUUAGUACUGAUAGUCACUGCCGGAUUGCAUAUUUCCACUUACAUUUAUGGUCAAUAGAUUGAUACUUGUAAUAUGGGCAAGUUGUAUUUGUUGUGCAUCACUUACAGUAAAGAAGUACCCCUAUACAUGUCCAGGACCUAGUUCUCACAUAACCUCACUUUUAUGAGACAAUAUAUGUUAUAUGAGCCAGCUGAAGAGGAAGCAAAAGUCUAGUUGUAUGCACUUCCUCCUUCUUGUUUUAUUAGGUAAAAAAUAAUGAAAAUAAGCUAGUGUAGGAAUGAGUGAAAUAGAGCUUAGAAAAGUUUCUACUUGUCUGUCAGUCUAUCUUCUCUCUCAGAUUACAUCUCCCCAAAUCCUUCUGCCAUGCUGUGGAAAUAAAAAAGUAAAAUGCCUGAUGAUUUCUGGUUCAUGUGUGAUGAAACUUCUUUCAAGUUUUUCAUUACUACUAUGGGUUAGAAAACCAUAUUUUAAAUGAAGUUAAAAUGGCAGGAUAUUUAAAAUGUCUUGGGAAGAAAAGGCAGAAAUCCCUAAAACAAUUACUGGUGUUCUUAGAGCGGGGUUUCUACUUGUUUUUUUCUUCAAAUUUUUAAAGUUUAAUCUGUCCUAAAUUGUUACUAUAAUAGUAGUCAGAUACUUUAACACAGUGGUUCCCAACCUUUGGGCCUCCAGGUGUUUUGAACUUCAGCUCCCACAAUUCCUAACAUCUGAUAAGCUGGUUGGGAUUUCUGGGAGUUGAAGUCCAAAACACCUGGAGGCCCAAAGGUAGGGAACCACUGCUUUAACAGGAUGCAUUCUGUUAGUAUCUAUGUUCCUUCAAGUUACCUGUCAACUUACUCAAAUGUGAAUACGAAUAUCAUAGUGGAAACAGAAAACAAGUUUGUUCCACUGCUCUUCUCUGUUUUACCUCGCUUAAUUUCUGAAGCCAGUCCAAGAAUGCUGGGUUUAGUAAGAACCACAACUCCAAAGAUCUAUUUUCAUAGGGUUUUUAUGUACAUAGGCUAAGAGACAGAUAUAUUUUCAUCAGUUUUUAUGCAUGCAGUUAAGGAAACAUUUAUAGAGAUAAAUGUAGAAUUCUAAUUGGGCAAUAUGCCAAGAGAGAAAGUGGUUUGGUUGCUGCCAUUGCAGAAUAUGAAUAAACAGUGCAACAGUAAUGUAUUUCUCUGAUUAGUUGUUCUGUUUGAAAUGUACAUAAAUAUGCACACAUAACUGCCACAGUUUCUUAAAGCAUUAGCUUUAUUAAAAUGUGAAAUAUGCCAAGUUCAGAGAUUGACACAAUUUUUAUAGAUUUUAGCCAAUAAUUUUUAAAAAGCUUUGUUAGUGUGUGGUUACUCCUGAAACUGCUGCAAAGAAUGGAAACUCAACCAAAGAACCUAUCAAUUUAUAUAAGUGAUACAGCCAUACAUCCACAGCAAAAUACUCAUGAUUUGGAUUAUGAGACUCUGUUCAAAUGAUACAGAAGCUUCUUUCAGAGACAUUACUAUACAACAGACUGGCCAAACUGACAUUUUGAUGUUUGAAUGUAAUUCCUAUUGGCCCUAGCCAGCAUGGUAAAUUGCCUAUUUCUUCUGUGCAGUCUCUUGUUACAGUUUGAAGAUACUAGUGCAUGGAGUCUUAUGGCUUGAGGAAAUGUUUUAAAAUGGCUCCAGGCAAUGUAUGUUCUCUCCAGGCCUGUAGCUUUCCCAUCCACAGUUAUAGAGGUCCCUCUAUAUAUGUGGGAAAAAGUAGAAGAAACUGAUUCUCACACUGACCGAAUAUUAAAGUUAUUUCACAUCUUCUAAUUUGGAAUUCUGACAUGUAAAACGUUUCUAAAUCUGGGUGAUAUUAAGGAAUAAAUAUUUAUACCUUUAUCUUGAAAGAAGUGAUAUACAAAGUAAACCUUAUUUUUAUUACUUGAAAUAAUCUGGAUGAGAAGCCAUUUACUCUAAUUAGCCCAUGAAAGACAAGAGACCUUACCAGAAUAGUUUCUCUUAUUUAACCUCACUUCAACCCUAUAGAGCAGCAAGGGUUAGAAUGACUUACCCAGAUCCAUAAACUAAACUAUAGAACUGAGUGAGCAAACAACUUUGUUUUAACAUGAAAUUAAAUGCCAUUUUACUUGUUUGCAAGUACACAAAGUCUUGUGAGUUUAACCAUCACAUUACUCAAUAAUGCCCAAAUAGUAGAAACAUUAAUGUUUUCUUCCUUGCGUUAUCCCUUUCUUCCCACUAUCAUUUUUUUCAAUUCUGUAAUGCACAACCUAAGUAUAGCUAGUUUUACAAUCUAGAUGAAUGGUUACUUCUGUUUUAGAACUGAAUGUAUAUUCAGUUCAUGAUGACACUGUUGAUUUGUUUUUCAGAUGCAGUGUCCUCAGCAUCCCUCCAAUGUAAUUUUUGCUCAUAUGUUUUUGUAUGUUUUAGAAAAACAACCCAGUGCCUCUAUGCAGUCAGACAAACCGAAGCUUUGGUUCAAGGUUGGCAGUGGUGUGUGGAUUUGCCAGCCAAUACCUAGCAGUUUUAUAUAAGAUAUCCUUACAGGUCUUCUCUUGCAGCAACUGAGCCUUGGGCAAACUAAUUCUGUUGUGAACUAAGCAGAGCUAUGAACUCUUGUUGUUGUUGCAUACCUUCAAGUUGUUUCUGACUCAUGGUGACCCUAAGACAAGCCCAUCACAGGGGUUUUCUAGGACUGAAAGCACCUGACUAGCUCAAGAUCAGUGUGUGGGCUUCCAUGGCCAAAUGAGGAUUCAAACUCUAGUCAGAGUUGUACCGCAUAUACUCAAGUAUAAGCUGAGUUUAAAGCCCCCCUUGGCUUAUACUCGAGUGAGGGUCCUGGUCGGCUUAUAAUUGGGUCGGCUUAUACUUGAGUAUAUAUGUAAUCAGAGUUUGACAGUCUUAUCUUAAAUUAUAUUUUUAUGUAAAUAUUCAAAAACAUUUAACCUACUGAUGCCUCAAUUAAUGUAAUUUUAUUGGUAUCUAUCUUUAUUUUUAUUUUUUAAAUUUACCAGUAGCUGCUGCAUUUCCCACCCGUGUCUUAUGCUCAAGUCAAUAAGUUUUCCCAGUUUUCUGUGGUAAAAUUAGGUGCCUCAGCUUAUGUUCGGGUCGGCUUAUAUGUAAAUAUGCACAGUAAUUUAGCACUCAAACCAUUAUGCCACACUGGCUCUACAGCACUGUUGUCAGAAACUUAGGAUAAAGGAACUACCGUAAUGGUCACAGCAUAUAAAAAUGUUUUUACAAUUUUGAUAUUAUUAAAAUGUUCAUUAAAAGUGCUUACCUUGCCUGUGCCAUUAUAGGUAAUAAAUUAUAUAGAUAUAAAUGUUCAUUGUAAUCAUGGCUAUCAUGUAUAUGUUUGCUGUGCACAUAAAUGGGAGUAAAUCAUUUUUAAAUUUAUUCAAUAUGUUUAAAAUUUUACUAGAGAAAAAUCUGAUUUUUUAAAAUUAAUGUACAUAAAUGUAUUUUUAAAAAAUAAAAUAUUUGGUGCUUUGGAUUUUUCACUUUUACAAAAUUCAUUCUUACUGUAGACUUCAAGAAUAAAUGUAUACUGGUGCUGUUCGUUGUGAAAAAUGUUGCUUGUGACAACGCAUUUGCAUUUAUUGUAUAUUUUUUAAAAUAAAGUAUAAAAGUUUA